UCGAAUUGUAGCAUACUGAAGUUACUAUAGAAUCGAUAAAGAAGUACAGAAUGGAAGCCAGUCAUAAACAGCUUAUUUAUCUUCUUAAUAAUCGUUCACCUCGAUUAUUUCAAAGGCACAAAAAACUGAUUUAAAGCUUUGAUUGCAGAUGAUCAAUGUUGGAAGGAUGGUAUUGUCGUUCAAUUGCAAACAACAAUGCAGAUGCAGAAGACGAUGAUGAUGAUAGUCCAGAGGAAGAAGUGCCUAAUUACAAGGAUCAAUAUCGAAAUCUUAAAAGAAAGUUAAAAUUUCUGAUUUAUGAGAAUGAGUGUUUUCAAGAAGCUUUACGGUCUACACAAAGAAAGUUACUUAAAGUAAAUAGGGAUAAAAGUUUUCUAUUAGAUCGAUUAUUACAAUAUGAGAAGGUAGAUGCUUCAUUUAGUGAAAGUGAUGAAACAGAAUCAUCUGACGAAGAAGUUACACGUCUUGAUACUUCCAAAAGAAAAAAAAUAGAGAUGGGCAUUAGUAACCAUACUCCGCACCAUAUGCCUACUGUGGCAAAACCACUGAACACAAGUAAAAAGAAGAAACCUACUCCAAAAGUCACAAAGUCAAACAAUAUACCUAUAGUACAAUCAUCAAAUAAUGUAGUACCAAUGCCUCUGAUGUCUGAUGGUCAUAUGACACCAGAAGAGGUAGAAAGACAUCUAGAGUCUCGUCAAACUUAUUUGGAACUAGUACCAGAGAAGGCACCACCUACGGUUCCUACUGAAAUGUUCAGUAAUGACCCAUCAUUGGAUAGCGAAUCAAAUGAAAUUGGAGAGUUAGAAACAUCGCCGAGUAAUAUGGGCGAAGAUUGCCUCAGCGUGGAUAUGAUGGCUGAGUGACAAAUAUUUGUUUAUAGUUUAGUGAUUAAUUAAAAACUGCACAUAAUUAUGUAUCGCAUUAAUAUUAUCAUAUUUGGCUAACUUAAUUGUAUUCAUCUUAACGUAAUACAAAUUUUUAUACAUGUAA